AGAUGUCGAAGAAAUGGAAUAUGCAGUUUACCCAGACGGUUGUAUGAGGUUCACUUUGGGGCUUAAUAAACGCAUUCGAACCGAAGUUUGCGACUAUUUAAUCACCGAUGGCAACUGGCACUUUGUAUGCACAACCUACGACAGUCUGACUGGAGCUCACCAAAUCUUCUUGGAUGACCAACCGAAAUACACUGGCACUUCCUCACAACUUGUAAGCUACAUCGCUGACACAGGGACUAGCUUCAUAAUAGGACAGGAUGUUGAUGAUACACAAACGGACUUCCACAAAAAACAAGCAUUUGUGGGGGAUUUAGCUGACCUGAACGUGUACCAUCGUAUCCUGACUGAUGCUGAGGUUGCAACAAUCAGAACCUCUUGUCUUUCUAAUGGCGGCUCUGCCAUAAAGUGGCUUGACUUCAAGACCACAAUAGCUGGAGGUGUAUCGCUGGACAUGCCAUCUAACUGUACACUGUAAGGCCAAUAUUUUGGUUUCAGAUCGAAGAGCAAAUAUACUUUGACGCUUUAAGAUUAAUUACUUACGAACUCCUAAAUGUUAGAAGCGCCACUGUGCGUGAAAUUAUUAAUCACUCAUUGGCAAAACUUGUUUAAUUCAUACACAAGCUUUACAUUGCAAUGUAUUAGAGUUCUUCUGGAGACCAAUAUAGUUAUUGGGAACGUUUCUGUAAUACG